AUGGGGUUGAAAACAUUUUUAACUAACCGAUCAAAAAAUCGAAGAUUCCGUCUGAAUGGAAUACAUCCAUCGGAACGUUUACCAUUCAAGGAAAGAUUGUGUCAAGCAUUUCGAGAUCAUCUAGUUUAUAAUCCCGAAGAUCUACCACCAAAAACCGAUCUUCGCGAACAAAUGACACCAGUAGAAGAUCAAUCAAGAAUUGGAAGUUGCUCAGCAAACUGUUUAGCUGGAGCGUAUGAAUAUUUAACAAAGAGAGAAAGCCAUCAGAAUAUCGAUAUUAGUCGCUUGUUUAUCUACUACAAUGGUCGUGUAAAAGAAAAUGGAAGCGAGAAUGAUAUAACUGAUUCAGGAUGUUCAAUGACGUGUAUUAUUGAAGCAUUAGAAGAGUACGGCACUUGUCUGGAAUCUCUUUGGCCGUAUGAUGUUACACAAGUCAACGAACAGCCAAGUGAUGAAGCUUAUCAACAGGCCAAACAUCACAAGAUUACCGAAGCAUUACAGAUUAAUAUUGACUUAUACGAAAUGAAAUCAUGUUUAGCGCAGGGUUUUCCAUUUGCAUUUGGUUUGAAACUUUUCUCAUCAUUUGAUCAAGCAGCCCAAUCGGGUAUUGUACCGAUGCCGAAUUCAUCGGAUCGUACUCGACAAUCGGAUGGAAGGUUUGUUUCUUUCGUUGAUUAA